ACAGGGACCGUUGUCGGGAUGAGCCGCGGCUAAUGGCUGACUGGGAGUUCUGGAUUAGCUAACGUUCGCCACUGCAGUUUCUGAUGUGGGCAUUUGUAUUGGUGCACUGUUGCUGAAGCUGCACUUGGAAGACAGAGCAUACAGAGUGCCAAGCCGUGUGAGUUGGCAGCUGCUCUGCAACAUGUCCAAGAGCAAGAGCUCUGAGUCCGUCAAGGUGGUGGUCCGUUGUCGCCCUAUGAAUGAAAAAGAGCGAGCAGCCAAGUUUGAAAGGGUGGUAACUGUUGAUGUCAAAUUGGGCCAAAUAAUUGUCAGGAACCCCAGGGAGGCUUCUGCCAGUGAACUCCCUAAAGUCUUCACUUUUGAUUCAGUCUACGACUCGAACUCCAAACAAAUAGAUUUGUAUGAUGAAACCUUCAGGCCCCUGGUGGAUUCAGUUCUAUUUGGGUUCAAUGGGACCAUUUUUGCCUAUGGACAAACCGGUACAGGGAAAACAUACACUAUGGAGGGGGUUAGAAAUGACCCUGAGAGGAGAGGGGUGAUCCCUAACUCCUUUGAGCAUAUCUUCACUCACAUUUCACGGUCCCAGAAUCAGCAGUAUCUGGUUAGAGCCUCAUAUCUAGAAAUUUAUCAAGAGGAGAUUAGAGACUUGCUCUCCAAAGACCAGUCACGUCGUCUCGAGCUCAGGGAGAGACCUGACACGGGUGUGUACGUUAAAGACCUUUCAUCAUUUGUCACCAAGAGUGUGCGGGAGAUUGAACAUGUCAUGAAUGUGGGCAACCAGAAUCGUUCAGUGGGUGCCACUAACAUGAAUGAGCACAGCUCCCGUUCUCACGCCAUCUUUGUCAUCACUGUGGAGUGCAGUGAGUUGGGUGUUGAUGGGGAGAACCAUAUCAGAGUCGGCAAACUUAACCUGGUGGAUUUAGCUGGCAGUGAAAGGCAGACCAAGACUGGUGCUCAGGGGGAGAGGCUAAAAGAAGCCACAAAGAUCAAUCUGUCGCUUUCGGCUCUGGGCAACGUCAUAUCAGCUCUGGUGGAUGGCAGGAGCAGCCACAUCCCCUACCGAGAUUCAAAACUCACCCGUCUGCUGCAGGACUCUCUGGGGGGCAAUGCCCGCACGGUCAUGGUUGCCAACAUUGGCCCAGCAUCCUACAAUGUGGAGGAGACCCUGACGACGCUGCGGUAUUCCAACAGGGCUAAGAACAUAAAGAAUAAACCACGUAUCAAUGAGGACCCCAAGGAUGCCCUGCUCAGGGAGUUUCAGGAGGAGAUUGCAAGGCUAAAGGCACAGCUGCAAAAGCGCUCAGGAAAAAAGAAAAGGAGGAGGCAGAGGAGAAGGGCCGGGGAAGGGAGUGAUGGUGAGGAUCUGGAGGAAGGAGAGACGGAGGACGAUGAUGAGGACGGGGACGACAAAGGGGAUUACUGGCGGGAGCAACAGGAGAAGCUGGAGAGAGAGAGAAAGGCUAUCAUGGAGGAUCAUAGUCUGGUGGCUGAGGAUAAACUUCGGCUGCUAAAAGAGAAAGAGAGGAAAAUGGAAGAUUUGAAGAGGGAGAAGGAGGCCGGAGAGAUGCUUGCAGCCAAAGUAAAAGCGAUGGAGAGUAAGCUCCUGGUAGGGGGGAAGAACAUAGUGGAUCACACCAAUGAGCAACAGAGAAUGCUGGAACUGAGGAGGCAGGAAAUCGCCGAACAGAAACGGCGAGAGCGAGAGAUGCAGCAGCAGAUGGAGAGUCGUGAUGAGGAGACUCUAGAGCUAAAGGAGACCUACAGUUCUCUGCAGCAGGAGGUCGACAUCAAAACCAAGAAACUGAAAAAGUUGUUUGCCAAACUGCAGGCCGUGAAAGCAGAAAUCCACGACAUCCAGGAGGCACACAUCAACGAGCGUCAGGAGCUGGAACAGACCCAGAAUGAGCUCACCAGAGACCUCAAACUCAAGCAUCUGAUCAUCGAGAACUUCAUUCCCUUAGAGGAGAAGAACAAAAUAGUCAACAGGGCUUACUUUGAUGAGGAGGAUGAAUACUGGAAAAUGAAGCCCAUCACACGUAUAGAGGAUGACCAUCAGAUGAUGACCAGGCCUUUGUCUGCAGUCGGCUACAGGAGGCCUCUCAGUCACCACGCUCGCGUGGCCAUGAUGAUGAGGCCUGACAUGAGAUACAAAGCUGAAAACAUCAUAAUGCUGGACAUGGACCUGCCUGCUCGGACAACUAAAGAGUAUCAGGAGCCAGUUAUCGCCCCAAAGGUGGCAGCAGCUCUGGAGAAUGCUCUUAGGGAUGAGGAUGAGAUCCAGGUAGAUGCCUCAGGCUUUCACAGCAGCUUGGGAUCAACCCCACCUGCCAGCGGCAGCCUCAAGAAACCAAAGUCCGGUCGACCAAGAACAGGCAAGAAGUCAAGCACCCCAACCUCUCCAUUCAGCCCCUCAAGUCCAGGAUCCCCGCUCUACCCACAAUCCCGUGGCCUGGUGCCCAAGUGACAGCUUCUACCACUAAUAUCACCACCAACCUCUCUUGUGCACCUUUCCACUUUGGGACUCAACUUUGAGAGAAUGAGUUUUGUUUUGUCAGUCAUUUUUUGUCAAAGGUGAUAGAAUAUUGGAUUCUGCAGACAACAGAGAAAACUUUAAGACUAAUGCUGCUUUGUAGGUUUUAACUGUAAUCACGCCACUAUUAGCUGUUGUCGUAAGCUUUUCAUCUUGGAGAUUUGAAAUCCCUCAUCCUGAGAAUGAGUCAGUACAACACAAGGACAGCAGCCUCGCAUGAAGCCUCACAUUACUCUACACUGCUGUUACCUUUACCCACAUUUUGCUUAAUGCCACUGAUGUCUUAUAUGUACAUCUUGUGUAUAUAUAUA